AUGCCAGUCAUCACAAGUCUCAUUCCUACCAUUGCGGGUGAGAUGAAGCCAGUUGGGGGCAACUGGUGCUGGAUAUCAGCGACUCGGCCUGACCUAAGAUAUGGAAUGACACAUGGCUGGCGUCUCUUUGUCAUCUUCAUGACUAUCGUCAUCUACAUUUAUAUAUGGAUUUAUCUACGGCGGCACCUCGGCAUGGGAAACAAAACGACAAGGCGAACUCUUUCGUUCUCAACGCACAACACCAACACUGUGUUUUCAAAAGGCUCGAAAGAGAUGGGUUUUAAGAUGAUGAAGGAGAAUGACACCGAGCUUGAUACUUUUGAACCAAACAUUGCUCCAAAUUCACCAACCAUGUUUGACCAGAGAAAGAGUUUCUGGAACAAUCUGCAUCAGGACAAAAUCGAGGAAAUCCGAGAUGACAUACGAGGUGAGAGCGAAGCUAGCAAUGGCAGAUAUAAUAGCAGAUCCAUCCGCCACAGACCAACCUCGUCAAAGAGAGGAUCAGACCUAGUUUAUGCAGAAGUCACUAACACUGAACCUCUUCAAGAAACACGAAUCUCACCACAACAGAACACCAAUGUUCUCCAGACCAACGCCAGCGAGUUUCCUCAGCGUCGAAACACCUGCGACGUCGAAGUUGAGAUCAAACGAAUGAUGCUACUAAACGGAUAUCCAUUCAUGUACGUCCUCCUCUGGACGCCAGGACUAGUCAACAGACUGCUCGAAGCACUAGGGACACCUGUCUCAGAAACGACCAUCGCUGCUUUGAACACUUCGACGCAGUUUGUUGGAUUUGCAAACGCUGCGACGUAUGGGUUCAAUCAUUACUUGAGAGAUUCUUUGGAUGCGCUGUAUUGGACGCCUAUGAUUAUGAGAAUAAAGCAAUGGUUUGGAAGAUGA